AUGUUCUGGUUGGCUUUUGUAUUGCUGUUCCCGUGGGUGAGCGCCGAGGAUGGGUGGAUUCGGCAAUGCAAUUGCACGGAGAUGGCCAAUUGCAAGGAGAGUGUGAAGCAGAAUAUCAUGCCGUGUGUGGAGAAGUGCAAGGUAGGGAAUAGUAAACAGCAUGGCUUCAAAGUCAGCGUUGUUUCCAAAAUAUAAUAUUUAAAUAGGAAGACAGACCACAACGUAUUUUAUUAGGGUGUCCCAUAAGUCUUGUGUAUUUUUGGGUCGUCGAUUUGUGCGGAAUCCUGUGAGCUUUGAAACGCAUUUUGAGAUAUGUUGAACAUACGGUUUUGAAGCUCAGAGAUUGCGCUUCUAAACCGUAUAUGAUGUGGCUGAAAAAAAAUUACCUGCUACCCGCACUACCCCAAUAUUGUACUAGAUAUUAAAAAAAUUUUUUUGCUUUCUGACGUUAAUCAGGAGUAUUCCAGGACGAAGUGGCAAUCGACUUUGACACCGAAACAGUCCUCAACUGCAUUCGAACGGAAAAGGAACACCACUUGGAGUGCAUUAUGAAACUCAAGCAUGAAAUGUAAGAGAAUCUGCAAUCUUCCGAGAUACAUAUUUUACAUGGGAAAGGGUUUGAAGUGCAACGCUUUUCUAACCUUGCAUAAAUAUGGGAGCCUCACAAGAAGUUGCAUAUCUAUUUUUGAAAAUUUAAGCUCACAUUUUGUAGGGGCAGCCGAGAUUCAACGGUCUUUGCCGACAAGGGGUGAAAAUGAAGUAUCACGGGGAACAUAUUUUGUAAAUUUUUAGAUAGAUUUUUUUAUAAGAACGUUGCACUCACAAUCAGCAAUAAAAAAGGCUAAAAAAUUUUCAUUUAUAAACAAAACUCCCGAAAUUUUGCCAACUCUCGGACUGAAAAUCCCUGUCGCUUCUGCAAAGGGCAAGCAGAGAAUCUCGUCUUAUUGUAAGGAAAAAAUCUUUUUGAUUUUUAACCAAGUCUAGUACACAUAUAAACGUCGCAUUUUGAGCACUAUCCCUGAAGACUUCUUAACAAUUAAACCACAAAUUCAAAUCAAAUUUCAGGUGCACCGAUAAGCCUUACAAUGCAAUCAAAGUGAACGAGACCUUCCACAACGCGGCGGCCUCAAAACGACUUGUUCUUCAUGUGUUCCAGCCUUCGUUGAAUGCCUCAAAACUCGCAAACGAAUCGAAGGGAACCGGCUUUAUGAGUGUCUUAAAAAAUACUCUAGGCGAGAACGGUGGGUAAAAUACGGCAAGGUUUUCUAAGCGCUUUUAGCUCCCGCAUUUAAAGAAUGCAUGCAAAAUUGCGUCAUCAAGACGGAUGUUUUCGCCUGUGUGAAAAAUUUGGGGUAAGUUUGGAGAAAAUGUAAGAAUUUUUGCAUUUUUUGUAUACUUUUGUUUAAAGAAAUGUAAGAAUUUUUCUCAUUCUUCGCAUAUUUUUACUGUCUCACUUUACAGCAAAAAGAUGAAAUAUGAAAUUGAGAUUUUAACAGAGCUUUUUUAUUGGUCAUAAAGUUUUUUACGAAGCUAGAGAGUGAUAAAAAUGAUCAAAAACUAAUUGAGUUGCUCUCGAGGAAAACAAAAUUCCAGUUUGCGUUCGGGGAACGGAUGCUACUGGAACGCUGUUCGUCAAAUAGCCUACCGUAUUGUAAAUUUUUUGCUGGAAUUGCCAACCAAUUAGUUUCGUAGUUUUUACAGUGCAUUAUCUUUGGUAAAAUAUUAUAGCUUUGUAGGGCUAUGGUAAGAAGCUUUAAAAAGUCAAAGAUUGUAAAUUUUUGGUUAUUCUACAACCUCAAACUAAACAGGACAAUUCAUGGCCAUUUCACCCACAUUUUUCAGCUGCGGCGUCCGUCGACCGCCAGUCCAAGUGAUCAAAGAGAUCUUCAAACAGUGUGAAGCUGACUCCCAAAACUCGAGGCGACGGGUCUGCCAAUGUAUUCAGGAUGCCGGUGUGGCGUAAGUUUCUAGACAAAAAUACGGCGACCUUUAGAAAUUAAGAGUGAUCUCUAGAGAGUACACAGAAAGCGGAGAGCAGUCAGGGAGAAAAGUAGAUUUGGUCAAAUUUUUGCCGGUUUCGCGUGGAAAAAAACGAGUUUUUGUUGUAGCGCUAAUAAGUAUUACAGUGACGGCCUGAUACAUUGGCAAAAAACGUACCAUUUUGCGUCGGGAAAGUAUCAAAAAAUGUGGCAAAAUGCCUCCCUUUCCAACUGGAAAACUGCGUUUUGAAGGGUCCCCCACAAAAAAAGCGGCGCGCUUUUGAAAUCGGAGUUUUUUCACUUGGAAACGGAGUCAUUUUGCUACAUUUUUUGAUCUUUCCGGACCCAAAAUGUACGUUUUUUGCCACUGGAUCAGGUCCGCCACUGUAUGUAAAAAAAUCUUUCAUGGCAAAACUCGCAAAAGGUGUUACAUUGUCGCCACCUUUUCACCUAAAAAUUUCAGACGUUUAUGCAUGCCGCGAGCUACGAACCUUGAGUAUGUUCUAGCUAUCAAAAUGUUGUCUAAUUUGGGCCAACUUUCAAAAAAAUCCGAACUGAAUCGCUUCCCCUGUAAACAUAUUCCUAAUUUCUUGAAGCUGCCUGAACACCUCUGUUUCCGAGGUCCUUAGAAAUUUCCUUAGAAAUUUUACUUCAUAGACUAAAUCUGACCUAUUCAAUUUUUUCAGGAACGCCGCCUGCUGA